UUAACGAGGAAAAAAACAGAAGGCUGUGCUGGAGUCCGCACUGCUGCUGCUGCUGCUGUGUUGGAAACAGUCAUAUGACUUCCAUUUCCUGGUACAGUCGGGCUCUAGUCAUCUGCUGCUGACUGAGCGUCCUUCUGGACUGUUUUCAUUUUCUUUCCUGCGAUUGAUGCCCAAACCAAAACGGCGAUAAUGUCCAGAUUCUCCGCAGUCGUGUUGUUUCUCUCGUUUGGAAUCGUGGUGCAGCUGACGCAUGGAAUUGAGGUGAAUGUCAUGCAAAAUGGCGAGUUGUGCCUCUAUGCCAACCUAAUGCUCAACUUCUCUGUCUCCUACCAAGUCGACGAGACACAGUUUCAGACUGUGACUUUUUCACUUCCUGAGGAUGCCAUAUCCGAAGAAAGUAAAUGUGAGGAGACGAGCUCCACCCUGAAGCUGAAGUUUGGUGACGGACACUUCUGGAGUGUGAACUUUACCUUAAAUGAAAACAGUUACCAGGCUGACGUCAUAACCUUUUCCUACAAUCUCAACGAUUUGAACACAUUUCCGAAUUCGGCAUCAAAUGAAAUACUCACAGUGACCCAGAAGCCUCAAAUGUCAGAAAUAGACUUGAAUACCUGCUACUUUUGUAAAAGUCAGGAUGUAGUCCAAGCAGGAGAAACCACCAUGACGCUGUGGGACGUCCUCAUACAGGCCUUCAUCACUAAAGGCACCCCAAGUCAGGACAUGACCCUUUGUGCUGCAGACUCUCCCACCACCACUACUACAACCACCACCGCAACCACCACCACCACUACCACCACCGCAACAACCACCACCACCCUUGCAACCACCACAAACGCAACCACCACCACUACCACCACCGCCCCACCUGCCACAAACACAACCACCACCGCCCCACCUGCCACAAACACAACCACCACCGCCCCACCUGUCACAAACACAACCACCACCGCCCCACCUGUCACAAACACAACCACCACCGCCCCACCAACCACAACCAGCCCUACACCGACCCUGCCCCCACCGAGCACUGGGAAGUACAACCUCACAACUCCCAAUAAUACAGUCUGCCUGUUGGCGAGCUUUGCUCUGCGAAUCAGUUACACUCAAGAUGGGAAAAAGGGGGAGCUGAAUCUGGAUCCCUCUGUCACUAAAGCCUCUGGACUGUGUGGCGAAAGCAGCAGCGAGCUGGAGCUGGUGUCUGAUCAAAUGACUCUGACAAUGGCGUUCACAAAUGACACAAAGAAAUUCCGUCUAAACUCUCUGAACGUCACCUUAAAGACCAGCUCAGGAGUGUUUGCUGACGGAAACGCCAACCUGAGCCUGUGGGAGGCGGCCAUCGGCAGCUCCUACAUGUGCAACAGAGAACAGAACUUCAACAUCACCAGCCUGCUCAGUCUCCACACCUCCAACCUGCAAGUGCAGCCCUUUGGAGUGAAAAAGGAUUCCUUCAGCACGGCACAUGAAUGUUCAUUGGAUGACACCAGCAUCUUAAUCCCAAUCAUUGUUGGCGCUGCUCUGGCUGUCUUGAUUCUCAUUGUAGUGAUCGCUUAUGUGAUUGGUCGAAGAAAGACCUAUGUGGGAUAUCAGACCCUCUGAGUUCACUCCUCAAUUGUCCCUGAAUGUCACAAGGGUUCCCAAGCUUUGGUCUUAAAUUACAGUUGUUUAAUUGGCUGUUUAAAGAAAAUAAAAAAUAAUAAAAUGUUAAUUUGAUCUGUAGUAAAAAACAAAAAAAUAGUAUGAGAAAUGGACUUGAAUAUCUGUUGGUAUUUAAGUCACCAUUGAUGGAAUACCAUGAACCACUUUUUAAAAUCAUUUUUGGAAUCCAUUCAGCCACUAAUGUGUUGCUGCUCUUCAUGUGGACCAAACUUGUUUAACCCCUAUGAUUUGUUUGCAUUUCAUUCCCUGUAUGUGUUGUUUCUUUUUUAUUUUUUUUCCCCGUUUAUGGGCAAGUGCAAGAUCCUCAAAAACCACCGUCACACAAAAUCUGUUGCUGAGUGUGCAAUAUGUACAGCGUGCAGAUCAGUACGACCUGGACAUUUCUGAAAAAAACUUAUUGAAACAAUGUUUAUUAAGUACCAAAAGGUGUAUUUCUCAAUUUUUUUCUGUUGGAUCCUGCACUUGUUCGACAGACUUUUGUUUAUUUUCGUUGUCCCCACAAUUUUGAAGAUGUAUUUAAAGAUUCAACCGCUUUGAUAGCACAAAUCGAAGCAGCUUUUUGUCUUUUUUUUGUUAAGAAUUUGUUAGCGAAGAUUGGGGAAGCUUCUGUUUGCCCUGUAGAUCAGGAGAAACGUUGCAGUUCGGUCUUCUUUAGGCGACUCAGAUGAGAGAAAAACACCUUAAAACGACAAACAGUUGAAGCUCAGCCUGAUUUAAAACGUGAAGCCAAAAGCUUGUCGGGGAUUUCAUCUGUGCAACUCAUGGGUAAAUCUAAAGGAGAGUUAAAGACUCACCUUUUUUUUUGUAAAGAAAAACCUGUUGGCAUUAGUAUCAGAAAAGGGACUUUGUAGAUCCUCUCAGCACAGAGACACUCUGUUAUGAUGAGAUUUACAUGAAAAUGCACUAAGACACUCUUACCUUACUCAUUCAUUUUCUCACCGGGUAAAGAUGUGGACUCCGCCUGCAUUUCAACCGCAAAGAGCGGGAAAACCCGCUGCAAAUAUUAGAAACAAUCAAGCUUAAGCAGGGCAUAGAUGAUCUGGAUACCGUAUCCAUGACAACCCAGUCACAAGGGUUCAUGUCAGCGAUCAGCUGGUGGCGAGUACCCUGAAAUUGGAGGCCUUCUACGCCGUGUUUGACAAAUUUAUCCAUCAGGGUUUCAGUGAUCAGGGAUAGCGAGCCAAAAAAUGAUGGUGACAGAACGGAGUAAUCUGUUUAUAAACUAUAGCAGGGUGCUGAGUUUUAAUUGCACCAAUCCAAGUCUUGUUGACAUUAAAUGUUUGAAGUUGCUGAUAUAUAUAUAAAAACAAGCUUUCACAAAUUGUUGUACAUGUGUUUGUGUAAUUGCUUCUGAUCAAAUACAAGCAUUGAUUUGUUUUUUCUUUGUAAUUGAGAUUGUGUACUUCUGCUUUGCAAAAGCUCGCCUGCCUUAAUUAUUUUGAUGGUUUUGCAGCACCAGUCAUUGUCAACACUUUGUAAAAUCUCGUUAUUUUCCAUCUGAGAGGUUCGUCCUGCUAACUCUGUUUUGUUUUAUGCAUUCAUUAACUUAUUCUUGUGUAUUUGGCUCAUCGAUUUAUUUCCUCCUGAACUUGUGGAGGAAAGUGCACAAGGGUUUAACAAAGGGAAGCUGUGCUGCAAGACCAUCUCUAUGUUCUACAGAGACGAAUGAUUUCAUCUGCUUUCUCUCAUGCUGAUUGAUAGCUGUAAUAAAUUUGGAUUUGUCUUUG